AUGCCUGCUGACAGCAUGGAGAAGCCCACCGCCUCCCCUAUUGCGGGGGCACCGGCCAACUCUGCUCAGACCCCCGAUAAACCCAAGAGUGCCAGUGAGCACAGAAAGUCCUCCAAACCUAUCAUGGAGAAGCGCAGGAGAGCUCGCAUCAACGAGAGCCUGGGACAGCUCAAGACACUCAUUCUGGAUGCCCUAAAGAAAGAUAGUUCCAGACACUCCAAGCUGGAGAAGGCUGAUAUCCUGGAAAUGACAGUCAAGCACCUGCGGAACUUACAACGAGUCCAGAUGACAGCUGCACUAACAGCUGAUCCAUCAGUGCUUGGCAAAUACAGAGCAGGAUUCAAUGAGUGCAUGAACGAGGUGACCCGAUUCCUCUCCACCUGUGAAGGGGUCAACACAGAAGUCAGAACCCGGCUACUUGGUCAUCUCUCUGGUUGCCUAGGCCAGAUCGUGGCAAUGAAUUACCAGCAGCCUCCUUCCAACCAGCCUCUGCAUGUCCAGCUGCCCUCGACACCAGUAUCCAAUGCUCCAGUGCCCAUGUCUUGCAAGAUGACCUCAGCCGAAGCCGUGUCUCCCAAGGUUUUCCAGGGAGGCUUCCAGCUGGUACCAGCCACUGAUGGACAAUUCGCUUUCCUCAUCCCCAACCCUGCCUAUUCCUCCAGCCCAGGACCAGUGAUUCCCCUCUAUGGCAAUGGAAAUGUCACCUCCAGCGGGGCACCACAGGCACAAUCCCCAGUCCAAGGACUCACCACCUUCUCUCACAAGAUGCCACACAUGCCCCGAACGGUGAGCCCUCUAGGUGGCAGCAAUGGACCUGACAGCACCGAGUCCGUAUGGAGACCUUGGUGA